CCGUACUAUUCGUCAUUCCGGCAAAGUCACAGCAAGUGAACGGAUUGUCCGAGAGCGCCCUGUGUUCGAAAUUCAGAGUGAAUCGUGUCGUCUGAAGCGCAAAGUGUCGCAGCUCGAGCGGACCGAGUGCCUUCAAGUAUUUUGAUAAGUUUUUACAUAACCGCGGAGUCCCUUGGCGCGUGUCCCGCGCGAAUUCGUGCCUUCGCAACAAACUGUCGUCCCGGAUCAAAUGGAUUUCAGUGCAGCCUGACGACUGUUAACCCUUUCCCGCUCCGCUGGAUCAGAUCAGCAACUGGAUUAUGCUCGAACUCAACUUGUGGAUUAUCUCCCGCGUGCCUACUAUGUUCAGUGUGUGUUUAUCGGCCGCCUAAUCGUUGCCUUUGCGUACGUAACAGAAAUUCAGUUGGGCCGCUACGUGCUUCCGUUACAGUUACCUCCGCGAACGAAUGACAGUUUCUAAGCUGCCCUACGCAUUUCUGCCGUUCCGCGGAGUGUCUCUCUCGACCCGGGCCAAGUGAUCGCAGUGCUCCUUGCCGCCGUUGAUGCAUUUUAUAAACGAAGAGUUGGUAGUAAAUAGCAAUCAAAAUAGAAGAACGGAAGUUGUCAGCGCCGAGUCGUUUCCUUAAACGAACCCUCGAGGUAGGAGCAGUGUGUGAUUCCAAAGUGAGUCAUAGAAGUGACAUGAAAAUGAGGAUGAAACGAGACUCGCCGUGCCUUGUGCUGCGCUUCAUGCCCAUCAAAAAUAUAGCAAAUCACAAGGAUUACACCAACAAGAGAAAAGAUGUAUCAACACCCUGCGAAGAAUCAGGUGGUUAUUCGCCACUAUCAAGAAGCUCGUCUAGUCCCGCCAUAUAUGACAUUGAAACACACCCCGCAUCGCCAGUAUUCCCCCAUUUAUGGUUGGGCAAUGGACGUGAUGCCGUCGACCCUGCAAGUGUAGGAGCUAAUUGUGUUCUAAACGUUACAUGUCAACCGCCAAGUGCACAACCAAAACCUGGUCUUAGUUACUUACAAAUUCCCGCCAGCGAUACACCACAUCAAAAUAUUAAACAGUAUUUCGAGGAAGCCUAUGAUUUCAUCGAGGAAGCACGAAAAAAAGGAUCAACUGUGCUCCUGCACUGUCAAGCUGGAAUAUCGCGUAGUGCAACAAUCGCAAUCGCUUACGUGAUGCGUUACAAAGCCCUCUCACUACUCGAUGCCUACAAAGUCGUGAAAAUGGCACGACCUAUUAUCUCACCCAACCUGAAUUUCAUGGGACAACUUUUGGAGCUGGAACAGAACCUUCGUGAAAACGGAACGCUGGGACCGCAGACACCCCAAACCCCUCCGCCACAACCGUCAUUAUGUGGUGGUUUCGACGACGAAAGUGACGACAAUGAAGACGAAUUGAACGCCCGCAUCCGAGAGGCUCGGUGUAUGGAGGAGGGUGAAAGUUCAACGUCAUCCUCAUCGUCUCCUUCAUCAAUGUCGUCGGCGACAUCAACACCCACGUCUAAUUUAUCACCGCUCGAAAAAGAAGAUCCUAGUCAUCCAUUUAAUAGUCAGUCAAUUAGUUGCUCAUCCAGCUCGUCAUCGUCGUCCUCCGCGUCGCCAUCCUUUACGUAUCCGAAUGACUGUAAUGGAAAUUUUAGCAGGAGCAGUGGUGAAUGCUCAAAAUUUUUCUAGAGAUUAGAUUUGAAUGAAUGUAGUGUAUUAGGAAUUUUUGAAACGGAGAUAAUUUAAGGUUUAGUUUUAACGAGGUUUAAGCGAUUUUCGGGAACGAACUUGAGUAAUUUCGAACGUACAUAAUGAUCUAGGUUUGAUCAUAUUUUCGCAUUGAAUUGUUUGGAUUAUCGAAUUGAGUUCCCGUUUUGAAAUGUUUACGCUAUGGUUGUGCACCCGGAAGAAUACAGAGAGCCGUGAGCUCGCUCAGACAAGCCAAAUCAUAAAAUCCUAAACUUGCUUCAGGUAACUAGAUUGAAUUUCGCAGAGAAAUUUAACUCUGAACAAGAAAACCCUGAAACGUGUUCACUAUUGCAUAUAUACUUUUUAUCGUAGCGCCAAUUAGCGCAAAAACAGUACCUAAAACUUUUUGAAUCAGAUAAAAGACCUUUAAUUGUUUUAAAAUUUCAAUCGAAAAAUACGAACUAAUUUAUUUUUUUAUGGAGAACACCCGGAGGGAAGUGCUCUUCUCGGGACAACAUCCGUAUUUCUCCUACGAUAUACAAGAAUGCCAUAAUAUUGCCUUAAUAAUUCGACAAUAUUGAAUUGAAUUUAUCGAAGAAAUGGUUUCUGUAUUCAUGCACACGCGACAACGUGUAUGAGUACAACUGAAGCAUGAACUGGCUACGAACGUUUGAAAUUGACAAGUUUGCUAAGUAAGAAUAAAGAAAGUUACUAUUAAGUGAUCACACCCCUAUAAAAUAGCUAAUUUUGUAAAUACACCCUCUCAAACCAACAAACAAAAAUAUUGUAUGGACUAGUAUAUGUUACUUUUGAGCUAAUUAUUACUUUGUUUUAGAGUACGUAGUUAUUUGUGAAUUAGUCUCGGCUGUCGAUUAGUUUGGACACAAGGGAAGUCUCAAGAAAGGACAUUCGGUCGAGCAUGGUUCGAUCCUGCUUAAUUGUCUCAACAACUUGUCGACACCGGACGAUAUUUGCAAAUGUCCGGUUGAACUGUUCUAAGUUUACUUUAAAAAAGUCAAAUUUUUAAAAAUAAAGCUAAUGUGUACAGAGUUUUGAAUUGCUGAUGUUUGUUUUGAAAAACUUUUUCCUAUUUAGUUAAUUUUUUGUGUUUUAAACGGAGUGCCCAUUUGUUUUGAUGAAAACUUAAUAUUUAAAUAUACAAAUUUUAUUUAUUGCCAACGAGGAGUAAGAAUAUGAUGUUCAAUAAAACAUGAACUGUAUUAAUUUGAAA